CCCUGAUCUCCUUCAUCCCCUCCAAUCCUCAUCUGUUCCCUGGGAGGAAGGGGGAGAGAAAGAGAGAGUUUUUCACAGGUAAGUUCCUGCCAGUCGGUGGGAAGAAAGCGUGAGAGGAAGAGAGUGAGAGAGAGAGAGGGGUAGCAGGACUGUCCUGUGGAUUGAGGAGUGCACAAGCAGCCGAGAGAAAAAAGGGGACACACGCACUCACACAGCGAGAAGAAAAAAGGGAUUGGAAUAAAGGAAAAAAGGAGCUGCACAGCGAAAAGCAACUUUCCCUCUGGCCUGUAACAUCCCCUGCAAACCGUCGCCAUGGGUGAGUUGGACGUUUUGAAAAAGGAGGCUGAGACCCUUAAAACUCAGAUUGAGACUGCCCGCAAGGCAGUGAACGACACAACCAUGGAGGCGGCUUCCUCUGGGGUGGCCCCUGCUCCCCGUAUCCAACCCAAAGCCAGAAGGACUCUGAAGGGCCACACAGCCAAAAUCUACGCUCUCUACUGGGCCCUUGACAACAAGUUAAUGGUCAGUGGUUCCCAGGAUGGCAAGCUGCUUGUCUGGGAUACACAUGCUGGGAUACUGGCUAAUUGCGUGCCCCUCAAAUCUGCAUGGGUGAUGACUGUCUCAUUCUCCCCCUCUGCGGGGCUGGUGGCCAGUGGUGGUCUUGACAACAUGUGCACUAUCGUCAACAUUUCAGGAGAAAAGCCAAAGACCAUGAGAGAGUUGGAUGGCCAUGAUGGUUAUGUGGCCUGUUCCCGUUUCCUGAGUGAGACUUCAAUUCUUACUGCUUCUGGUGACCAGACCUGUGGUCUUUGGGACCUGGAGACUGGCAAACAGAAGCAAUCAUUCCUGAACCAUGUGGGGGACUGCAUGUGCGUGGCACUGGCUGAAGACCAGAACACAUUCAUCUCUGGGGCAUGUGACUCCCAGGCCAAGCUCUGGGACAUCAGGGAUGGCCAGUGCAAGCAGAGCUUCAUCGGCCACACUGGUGACAUCAACGCCAUUUCGUACAUGCCAAAUGGACAAGCUUUUAUCACUGGCUCGGACGAUUGCACCCUGAGGAUGUUUGACAUGCGUGCAGACCAGGAAGUCAUGUGUUACCAGAACGCCCAGCCCACCGCUGGUGUGACAUCACUUUCUCUGUCACUGUCUGGACGCCUCCUCUUUGCCGGCUAUGAUGACUUCAACUGCAACAUAUGGGAUUCUCUCAAGGGCGAGAAAAUUGGUGUGCUGUCCGGACAUGACAACAGAGUGAGCUGCACUGGUAUCCCUAGCGACGGCAUGUGUGUCAGCACUGGAUCCUGGGACAGCUUCCUGAAGAUCUGGAACUGAGCUGGCCCGCCCAGCCUCCGCAGCGGAGCUUGAGAAGGAGGAAGAAAGAGGGAGUGAUGAGGAAGACGAAGGGGAACAUAGCUAGCGUAGAAGCACGGCGAGCGUGAUGAAUGAGUUUGACUGCUGGGUAAUGCUGGUUAGGUAGGAGGGUUUGAGUGUGGGGAUGGGAGGAGAAGUGGAGGAGGCAUCACACGUUUUGUUAUCAGGGAGAGAGAAUGGAAGUGGGUUUUUUUUCAUGCCAGACUAGUCUUCUCUUUUUUGACUCGCUCACCAGUUCUUUCCCUCCUCUCUCUUCCUUCUUUGACCACACUUUGAAAGCAAGGGCAAAGACUCCACUGAAUGUAUAAAAUGGUAUUCCUACCACAUCAUGAUGCACCAUGGAAGUUACUGCUGAGUGUUUCAGUAUAUCAUGAAAUGAAAACAAUCAAAAAACAUAGCAUUUUAUGGUCAGACAUAUUUGAAAAUAAUGAAUAUAUAUGUAAAAUAAUGUUUUAUUGUAUUUAAAUUAAUAUAACAAAUACAUAAUAGAUUUUUGAAAGUAAAACAAGAGAAGUCACGUGGAAGUCAAUUAUAUGGGGGAAAUGUUUAAAAAGAAAUAGGACCUGAGGUUUUUGUUUUUUCUCUUGAUUUAAAGCAGUACAGACUAGAUGAGAGAUGACACAAAACCUUGUUUGUACAUUUUAGAGAAUUCAGUAGGUGCAGAGCUUGUGUGCAUUGCUGUUAUGCCACACAUCUGCGGUGUAUGUUUGAAACUGCGGCACUACAGCUGACAUUUUGGAUCUGCAAUGAUACUGAUUCUUAUACUGAUGCAUCUUCAAGCACUCUAACAGCCAGCUUGACUUGACCCCAAAAUGGCUGCUGUUGCCCUUCAUCAAGUCUAACAUGAAUAUCAUAAUACGUUUAUCCAAUAUAGGGAACAUGUUCAUGUAAACGGGACACAGAUCAACAAAAGUCACUAUCGAUUUGUUUCAUAUAUCUUUCCCCAUAUGUUGAACAAUGACUCAAUAAAUGUUUCCUACAAUCAGUUAUCAAUAAAUGAUUUCCUCCAAAUAUUUUUGUUGUGCUUUUACAUCUGCAGUCUGUCUGUAAAAUGGUGUUUGGAAAAAACUUUCUAAUAAAUGUAGAAUUCUGCACUCCA